UUGUCUGCGAAUUCGGUAACGGCGAGUUGACAGGAUACGCCCCUAUAUAUCGUCGCUCUCUCCAUUCCGUCGUAUCGACGCUCCGGCGAUGGAGCAACCUCCUCUGGGAUGGCGGCACGGCCGCGGCCAAGAGCUCCGUGAUGCUCUCAAGGUCAUGGCCUGCGGUCUCAUGAUUGGGUCUGGCAUUCUCUUCCCGUUGGCCAGCAUCCAAGGCCUCUGGUUUCGAGCCAUUACGCUUUCAAUAUUCAUCCUCAGCACGGUGUGCUUCCACGUACUCCAUUCCAAGCCCUUCAGGAGAUUCGGCUCGUUCACUUGCGCCGUCGCCCUCAUCAUCCUGCUUGGCGCCGUCCUGUCGGCCGGAUCCUCGAGGAACGAGCUCAUUCCUUGGCUGCCGGUGUUCAUUGCCUCCUUGAGCCUCAUCAUGGCCGCUGCGCACGAGUUGGCACUGCGUAUCCGGCCGCACCCACCGUCCUUCGCUGCCAUGGAUGAGUUUUCAGGAGUGUCUAUUGAUUCCUGGAGUGCGCGCUCCGCCAUUGACACCUGGAGCGAGCGCUCCGCCGGGACUCCCCCUGCCCUGCGGGAACCACCGCCCUUGCAUGAAUCCAACCGGCUCAACUCCCUCUACUUCGAUCUACACGGGCCGCCGUCGAGGGCUUCCCACCGGACUGGCACUCAUACCACUGAGAUUUCUCUGGCCAGCGUCGCGGCCCAAUGCCGCCCGCAUUGGGACGCCCAGACACAGAGUUUUUUCCGUGUGCCGGAUGGUUCUCUGCCCGAGGAUGAUGAUGUGCCGGAUGCCAUGGAGGAGCCACACGCCGGGAACACUAGCCGAGGAGAUGACCACGAACCAGACGUGGAGUCGGACCAGGAGUCCGCGGAGCCAAGCCAUCCUCUGCUCGGGCCGCACUGAUGUUGAUGCCCGGAGCAUGUUUGAUGAUGAUGUGUGUCUGGUGAUGAAAGAGGCGCGCACCUUCAUCCAACAUGGGGGUUGUCACCUCGGC